CUGAUUCGGAUGUGUCGUAAAACUAACGAAACCCCAACCGGAAGUUUUGUACUGAAAGUGAAAACAGCCGCAUCAGAGCGACAAUGAAUACCCGUGGACUGCGAUCACAGCUGAGGGACAGUGUACCGGUGACGGGCAUGGGUCCACAGGUUGGGGCUUAUGGCGUUCAGGACACACUCAGGAGCGGAUUUAGCAGUGUGAAAAAUGAGCUGCUUCCCAGCCAUGCGUUGGAGCUUUCAGAAAAGAAUUUUCAGCUGAACCAGGACAAGAUGAACUUCUCCACCCUCAGAAACAUCCAGGGCCUCCACGCUCCCCUCAAACUACAGAUGGAGUACAGGGCAGCCAGACAGCGUAUACCUUCCCUCUUUCCUCCCCAUCUCAGAUCCAGCGCCUGCCGUUCCUGCAGAGCUCACACCUGGCUCUGGACACUCUUAAAGGGAACGAUGAGAGCAUCAGCUUUGAGGACAUCCUCAACGAUCCAGCCCAGAGUGAGAUGAUGGGUGAGCCCCACAUCAUGGUGGAGUAUAAGCUGGGCAUGAUGUAAGAGCCGUCCGACCCCAGGACGUUUGUGUUUACCCGCUGUUAACGAGUUACCAUGUGACAUUGCUUCUGCUUUAAAGAUGGUCACUUACUUUCUCGUGACUUUUGUAUCAUUGGAUUCUUUUGUUUCUAAUAAAUCCUAUAACUCAA